UCAUUUGUAAUGCAGACGCUACUUCUACCGCCGGCUUCCGUCGGCAGUUUCACGGUGGCCUCUGCGGAUUCGGCGGAGGCUUCGUCCGGCUCAGCUCCUCAUCUCUACCGUCUAAAUUUGCGGCGAAAUUGCUUUUCCCCACCGUCUCUCAUCCUUCUUCAAUCUCGUCAACCUUCGACGUCAUGUUCAUCUUCUUUUCCUUAUUGCUUUGUCGAUGCUCUUUAUGGACCAGCGAAACUCUCCUUCUCUGCAAAAUCUUAUUCCCAAGGUUCUUCCCCUUCCACUCCGGCCGAUCAUGAAUCAGAAGAAGCAAAACUUGCUCAGGUUUCAAAGAGGCUAGAGAAGACAGCGAGGUAUUUUAAGCGUUUGGGAAGUUUAGGAUUUUGGGGCCAGCUAGCCUGCACGGUGGUGGCUGCUGUCAUACUAUCAUUUUCCGUUGUUAUCACAGGCAAGGUUACUUCACCGGCAACCUUUUAUGCUACCUCUGGUGGAUUAGUGGCUGCUUUCAUUUCUGUAUUCUGGUCAUUCAGAUAUAUUCGGCUAUCAAGUAAGCUUCGAAGAACUGCCAAUGAGCCAACAAAGGCCCCUCCUCGUGCUGAUGUUGUGAAAAGUUUGAAAAACGGUAUAGUGUUGAACCUCUUGGGAAUGGGCGCCGCUAUUCUUGGCAUGCAAGCCACAGUUGGAGCUUUGGUUGGAAAGGCUCUCACUUCCUCGGCCAGUCCAUAUUACUCAGGGAUGUCUCCUGGAUUCAGCCCUGUCCUUGCUCUGGAUGUCUUUUUAGUGCAGGCUUCAGCAAACACCAUCCUUUCUCAUUUCCUGGGGCUUGUUUUCUCGCUGGAAUUGUUGCGUUCAGUUACGCUACCAACAUCAGAAACUAUUCCAAUCCCAAAGCUUGCGUGAGGCUUGGCUUGUGUUGUGUUUGAUGUGAAUUAUAGCCGAAGUAUGUCCUCACUCUUUAGGGUUUGUUUCCUUAAUGAAUGUUUUAUUAUAUUAGUUCGAGGGUUGUGAGAUCCUCUUGUUAGGCGAUUGAUCGGUUGUGUAUUGUAUUUUAAGUCUUUGGUGAACCUGUUUCUGUAGCCAUAAGGAGGAAUAAAAUUUUGACUGAAGAGCUUUGUAUCUUUGCA